UGGGUGGGCGGGGCCGUCUUGGGAAGACGGAAGCCUCCAGUCUAGAGACGGACGCAAAACCCGGUUCUGGAUUACACGUUCUCCGGAGCGGAGAACCGGGAGACGGCAAGCGGGAAAACCUGGCGCCCGGAAGACCUUGCUUUCUUUGACGCAAAGGCUCGGGACUUAGCCGCCGUCUGCCGAGAGCCCGGCGAGAAGCGACCCCAGACGGAGCCUCCGGAACCCCUCCGCCCCGGAGCCUCGGUCCUCCCUGCCGCCGUCCUCGUGGCCAUGGAGUGUCCGCACCUCAGCUCCAGCGUCUGCAUCGCUCCGGACUCCGCCAAGUUCCCCAACGGCUCUCCGUCGUCCUGGUGCUGCAGCGUGUGCAGGUCCAACAAAAGCCCCUGGGUCUGUUUGACUUGUUCAAGCGUCCACUGUGGAAGGUAUGUGAAUGGUCACGCCAAAAAACAUUACGAAGAUGCACAAGUACCCCUAACCAACUAUAAGAAAUCCGAAAAGCAAGACAAAGCCCAGCACACAGUGUGUAUGGAUUGCAGUAGCUACAGUACAUACUGCUACCGCUGUGAUGAUUUCGUGGUUAAUGACACCAAGCUGGGACUAGUACAGAAAGUCAGAGAACACUUACAGAACUUGGAAAACUCGGCUUUCACAGCUGACAGGCACAGGAAAAGAAAACUUCUGGAGAACUCAUCACUAAACAGCAAGUUACUAAAAGUAAAUGGAAGUACCACUGCCAUUUGUGCAACAGGCCUUCGGAAUUUGGGCAACACAUGUUUCAUGAACGCUAUUCUCCAGUCUCUCAGCAACAUUGAGCAGUUUUGCUGUUACUUCAAAGAACUUCCUGCAGUGGAGUUAAGGAAUGGGAAGACAGCAGGAAGGCGGACAUACCAUACAAGGAGCCAAGGGGACAACAAUGUGUCUUUGGUAGAAGAGUUUAGAAAGACACUCUGUGCUUUGUGGCAAGGCAACCAGACCGCGUUUAGUCCAGAGUCCUUGUUCUAUGUUGUUUGGAAGAUCAUGCCGAAUUUCAGGGGAUAUCAGCAGCAAGACGCCCAUGAGUUCAUGCGCUACCUUCUGGAUCACCUCCACUUGGAACUCCAAGGUGGCUUCAAUGGGGUUUCCCGCUCCGCAAUUCUACAGGAGAAUUCUACUCUGUCUGCCAGUAACAAGUGCUGCAUAAAUGGAGCAUCUACUGUUGUCACGGCCAUCUUCGGAGGCAUCCUCCAGAAUGAGGUCAACUGCCUCAUAUGUGGGACAGAGUCCAGGAAGUUUGAUCCGUUCCUAGAUCUUUCAUUAGAUAUUCCAAGCCAGUUCCGAAGUAAGCGCUCUAAGAAUCAAGAAAAUGGACCAGUCUGUUCAUUACGAGAUUGCCUUCGCAGUUUCACCGACUUGGAAGAACUCGACGAGACGGAGCUGUACAUGUGCCACAAGUGCAAGAAGAAACAGAAGUCCACCAAGAAGUUCUGGAUUCAGAAACUCCCCAAGGUGCUGUGCUUGCACCUGAAAAGGUUCCACUGGACGGCGUACCUGCGGAACAAGGUGGACACGUACGUGGAGUUCCCUCUGCGGGGCCUGGACAUGAAGUGCUACCUGCUGGAGCCCGAGAACAGCGGCCCCGAGAGCUGCCUGUACGACCUGGCCGCCGUGGUGGUGCACCACGGCUCCGGGGUCGGCUCCGGACAUUACACGGCGUACGCCACCCACGAGGGCCGCUGGUUCCACUUCAACGACAGCACCGUGACGCUGACGGACGAGGAGACCGUGCUGAAGGCCAAGGCCUACAUCCUGUUCUACGUGGAGCGCCGGGCCCGCGCGGGGUCGGACAAACUCUAACCCGCCGGCCGCGCCCGCCGCCGGCCGCCCGGACAGACCUUUCCAGCCCACCGAUACUUGAUCCAGAUUUAACUUCAUCAUGCACUUUGCGGUCUCCUGUCUCGGGUUUAGUUCUGUCAGUUGUAGUGACUUACUGAAUACGGGCACCAACUAAUGGUGGUUGUUCUACCAGAAAACCUCAGCAGACGUUUCCAUUUGCUGCUUUACUUUAAUAAUUCAGUUUUUAUAUGUAGUUUCCAGAACUUAGUUCUGUUUGACUUUUUUUUUUUAUAUUAAUGAUUUUGGUUCUCACUUUGAGGCACAUUUACAGCAAUGCUUUUGAGUCCUACAUGCUGAGAGCAGCCUUGCCCGAGUGGGGGGAGGCCCAGCUGCUGGGGGCCAGGCCCGCCGACAAGUGGGGCGCCACGCCCAUGACACCCCCAGUGCCGAGGCUUCCCCGUCCGGGGACUCGGCCGUGUCCCGAGCGGCCGCUUCCUUCGGGGAGAGGAGGCGAGGGUUCGAGAAAGGCAGCCUGGCCCCCCUCUAGCCGAGGACUUGCCCCUUGUUUGGCCCGAG